CAUGAGAAUAGCUGCCCGAAUGGAAGCUCUUUGGCUUUAUGUGUUAUCAGAAGACAUAUGACUGGAACUGAAAACACAGAGGAAGUUGGUUUUUCCUGCUUAAAUGUCCUGCAUUGGAAUCGUCUUUGCUGAGAACUAGAAGCAAUGAAUGGCUACUUUCCUGAACAAGAAGUGCAAGACAUUGAGCUACAUGAUAUAGGCGAAGAAAAGGAGGAAGAAAGUAGACCUGGUGUGGAAGAGCCUCUUAACCCUGGAGUCACAAGAACUUCUGAGACAGCCAACCCACACUCUUGUUUGGAGAUCGUUUUUUGGAAAUGCAAACUGUGGAUGGUUAUAACUUCCGUUUUCCUGUGUUUGAUCCUUGUGAUUAUUAUAAGUUUAAAGUUUUAUUCAGAGAUUUAUAUAGAUGAAGAUGAAUACUGGGAUCUCCAAACAAUAGCAAAUGGCGAUCAUCAUAAUUUCUCUGGAAUUUUAAAAAUUCACUGUGCUAAUCCUGACUGGCUGCUCUCAGAAUCAGCAUAUCAGAUACUUUCUGAAAAUCUUAGUAAAAGGCUUACAGAUGUAUAUAAUCAUUCACCUGCUCUUGGGCGCUAUUUUAUUUCCGCUGAAGUUAUUUCCUUCAGUGAUGAAAACAAAACUGCAUCCUUUGAGUUGGGGUUCUCAGUCCCACCUGAAACGGAAGAGUUCAUGAAGAACAGAAUGAGUGAGACGUUUGUGAAGAACGUUUUAAGGCAAAAUAUUUAUGACCAGAAAGAAAUAUAUGGCAUAGUUAUAACUGGAUGUACAGAUCUGAUGCUUGAUCCAACUUCUCUUUCAGUUUCAUCAAUACAGGCUAUCAAUACAGAUGGCUGAAUUGUACAUGGA